UAAUUGCUGCAUUCACUGUACAAUUUGAGAGAUCAUGCAAUACGUUUAUCCCAAAGUUGUUAUCCUGAUUGGCUUUGCGUUUUGCAUCAGCGCGUUAGUUCAUUACCAAAAAAUGGAGAAAGGAGCGAACGGGUGUAAAACCAAAAGCAGUAAAGCACCAGCGGCUGCAGGUGCUGCACCUGGAGCCGCUCCUGGUGCAGCUGCACCAGCAGGUGAAGCUGGUGCAGCUGGAGGAGAUGCUGCAGCGCCGGCCGCAGGAGAAACUGCAGCAUCUCGAACUGGGGCCAGUGAAGGAACGGAACUUCUAGUGGGUGGAGUUCUUAAAGAUGAGAACACAUGCGGAGUCUUCGUAUGCCAAAAUACAGAAGGCGACGCCCUGAUUCAUUAUUGUCAGAAACCAGCUCCUUUCGAAAUGUGCAACGGCGAUGGCGUUUCGACAGUGACUCCAUUUCCUGAGUGCUGCUGGAAGUGCGUAACUUACGUCAGCUGUGCCAGCGGAGAUGCGAAACAAGGUCAAACAGGUCAAGAAGGUCAGAGCGGAGCAGCAACACCACCGGCCAAAAUUUGAUCAUCGGACUGGGCAUUAUGCAAUUACGAUUGAAAUUAACCCUGACUGCAGGGCAAAUCAAAUUUGGGUAGUUCGGUUCGCGGCGCAAAAUACCGAGCCGGCCGGCCCACACACAUUUUUUAGGCUUGGUGUGUAUUUAACACAAAUUAUCCAAAUUUUAAUAAAACAAUCCGAUUUAUAGUUUAUAACAAA